CUAUGGUUAUGACGUAGAAAUCUAUGGACGUAAAUUAAUUUGAGGUUAAGCCGGUGUUUUCGUUUGGAGUGCGUUUUUUUAGAAAAUUGUAUUUGCAAAAGUCUCAAUAAAUUACUCAAAAUGACGAUUGGUAAAAAUAAUAAAAUGGCUCAACAUAUAAACUACAGAGUUCGUAUUACUCUGCAAGAUUCCCGUACAUUUAUAGGCACAUUUAAAGCUUUUGAUAAACAUAUGAAUAUGAUAUUGGGUGACUGUGAAGAAUUUCGUAAAAUCAAACCUAAAAAUUCUAAAGUUGAACGUGAAGAGAAGAGAGUUUUGGGAUUUGUUCUUUUAAGAGGAGAAAGUAUAGUAUCAUUAACUGUUGAGGGACCUCCACCACCAGAAGAAGGUUUGCCUAGAGUGCCCAUUCCUGGUGCAGCUCCAGGUCCUGGAAUAGGACGUGCUGCAGGACGUGGUAUGCCAGCUGGUGUUGGAGGUGUGCCUGUUGGUCUUCAGGGACCAGUAAGAGGUGUAGGAGGUCCAUCACAGCAAGUAAUGACUCCUGCUGGAAGAGGUCAAGUUGGAGGACCUGGAAUGCCUCCUGGUGGACCACCAAGAAUGGGAGGACCUCCACCAGGCAUGAUGGGUCCACCCCCUGGUGUAAUGGGUGUUCCUCCAGCUAUGGGUAUGGGACGUGGAGGUCCCCCACCACCUAUGGGCAUGAGGGGUCCACCACCAGGCAUGAUGCGAGGAGGGCCACCAGGGCCGCCGAGACCUUACUAAUUUUUCAAAAAUUGUAGAAUCCUUUAUGAAUGUAAUUGCAUUAUUAUUAUUUGAAUGCUGUUUUGUAUUUUCUUUUUUUAAGAUUAGAAGUCAGAAAUUCAUUUUUUUCCGUAAAACCUUAGUUUAAGUAAUUAUUAAGUGUAAUGAGAGUGUAAACAAUUCAGAAAUAUUUCCUGAAUAAAAAUAAUUUUGUAAUUACUCA